AUGGCACCCUACUUUGGACUCCGGGGAUCUGCCCUCAGUAGGGCUAUAAUCUGGCUCGUUGUUUGUCCGGCGUUUGUUACCUAUGGUUAUAAUCAAGGAGUUAUGGGAGGUCUUUUGACUCUAAAGUCAUUUGCUGAGACAUUCCCUCAGAUCAACACCCUCACCACAACGGGGGUGGAGCAACAGCAUAAUUCCACCAUUCAAGGUAAAACCUGCGCAAAGGCCGUGUCAAAUCAAGAAAGAACAAACCCUUGGCACUUCUUAUUUUCUGAAGCCGUUACUGAUAUGGUCAUUCUUACAGGGACCGUGGUCGCACUAUACACAGUCGGGGGGAUGUUCGGCUCCCUUUCAUGUAUUCAAUUGGGUGAUAUGCUAGGUCGGCGUCGUGUCAUCUUCAUCACAUCGGGCAUUUCAAUAAUUGGCGCUAUUUUGAUGGCAACGUCAUAUUCUCUUUCUCAAUUCAUCGUUGCCAGGCUCGUCCUUGGAUACGGCACGGGCGGGUAUGUAGCCACCGUACCUGUCUGGCAAGCAGAAAUAUCGAAGACGACAAAACGAGGUGCCCAUGUGGUCACUGACGGGAUUUUUAUCGGUGCCGGCAUCACGAUUUCCCUUUGGAUCGAUUUUGGCUUCUAUUUUGUCACCGGAAGCUCCGUCUCUUGGCGUUUUCCACUCGCCUUUCAAAUCAUUCUAUCAUUGAUCGUCAUGACAUUUGUCAUGAUAUUUCCUGAAUCACCCAGGUGGCUUGUGAAAAAGGGACGUGUUGAUGAAGCUCGCGCUAUCCUGGCAGCCCUUGAUGAUACAGAGCCCGAGUCUGACCAGAUCUCAAUCGAUAUUCGGGACAUUGAGAUCUCUCUGGCACUUUCUGGGUCCGGAUCAUGGAAGGAUAUGUUGACUAUGGGAGAGCAAAGACUAUUCCACCGGACAAUACUGGCAGCAAUGGGUCAGAUGUUUCAACAAAUGUGUGGCAUUAAUCUAAUCACAUUCUAUGCCACGACUAUUUUUGAGCAGUACCUUAAGUUGAGCGCUGUUCAGUCGCGGAUUUUGGCGGCGUCUAUGUGUCUUACCCAACCACUAGGGGGAUUCUUGGCUUAUUUCACCAUUGAUCGCCUUGGUCGACGUCCUCUUAUGCUAUGGAGCGCCGUAGGCAUGUCAAUCUCUAUGGCUAUUCUGGCUGGGACAAAUUCCCUUGAAGACAGCACGGGUGCAAUGGUCGCCGCUGUCGUUUUUCUCUUUGUCUUUGAGUUCAUCUUCACCGUCGGAUAUUCGGGAUUGACUUUCUUAUACGCAACGGAGGUGGCACCAUUACAACUACGGGCGGCGAUCAGUGCAGUUUCCACCACUGCUGUGUGGACUUUCAAUUUCCUCCUGGCAGAAGUAACUCCGGUCGGGUUUGACACAAUCUCGUACCGGUACUAUAUCAUCUUCGCCGUUCUUAACGCUGUCAUUGUGCCAAUCGUGUACUUUUUCUUCCCCGAGACCAAUGGCCGAUCCCUGGAAGAAAUCGAUGAAAUUUUCAUCCAGUCUCGAAACAUUUUCGAUCCGCCUCGGAUUGCUCGCACAAUGCCCAAAAUGCAUGUCGGCGAGAGCUACGGCAUCGAGAUGACCCAGGGGCCAGAUAGCGAGGAAGCCGGGACCAAAGUGACUAAGAGAUAG